AAUAAAGCAGAUGAAAGAGGCUUAAUAAAAUAAAUUAAGAAUGGAAACGUCGUUCUGCCCUAAUCGCAUCUCGCGUCGAUCGUCGAUCCGCUCCGUCGGCGACUUCCAAAGGGUUUCUUUGUUAUGUUAAUUUGAGUUUCUGCUUUAUUGUAUUGUGAAGAAAUGGACGAUGCAGGAAUAUCAAGCUUUUGGGGACCUGUGACAUCUACUAUUGAACUUUGUGAGGAGAACUAUGCAUAUUCUUCAUAUAUUGCCGAAUUUUACAACACUAUAUCAAACAUUCCCUGCAUUCUUUUGGCGCUCAUUGGCCUGAUAAAUGCCCUAAGACAAGGGUUUGAGAAAAGAUUUAGUGUUCUUCAUAUUUCCAAUAUGAUCCUUGCAAUUGGGAGCAUGAUAUUCCAUGCCACUUUGCAAAAUGUACUACAGCAGAGCGACGAAACACCAAUGGUAUGGGAGAUGCUUCUUUAUCUUUAUGUUAUUUACUCGCCAGAUUGGCACUACAGGAGCACUAUGCCAACUUUUCUCUUCAUAUACGGUGCUGUCUUUGCUGUGGUUCAUUUCUUCGCACGGUUUGGAAUAGUUUUCAAGAUACACUAUAUCAUCCUUUGCCUUCUCUGCGUCCCUCGGAUGUAUAAGUACUACAUACAAACAACAGACAUCGCAGCUCAACGGCUCGUCAAGCUCUACGUGCUGACUAUCUCCCUAGGGACGUUAUGCUGGUUGUUCGACCGAAUAUUCUGCAAGAAAUUAUCGCACUGGUAUAUUAACCCUCAGGGUCAUGCGUGGUGGCAUGUGCUCAUGGGAUUCAAUUCAUACUUUGCAAACACAUUUCUGAUGUUCUGCCGGGCGCAGCAGCGCGGCUGGGAGCCGCAGGUUGUUCGCCUCUUCGGCUUCUUUCCAUAUGUGAAGAUCCAUAAGCCCAAAAAGCAAGAGUGAGGUGUCAGUUUCCAAAGUGACAUAUUUUGUUAGUUUUAACUAAGCAUGAACUGGAACUUGCUUUGUAUCAUAACUAACACUGGAGUCCAUGCCGAUAGGGUCGAUCAUGCUCUAUUUUAUUUUAUUUUUCAUUUUUUGUUCAUGUGUAUGUUUUGUAAGGUAAACUCAGAAUUGGAUUCAAAUUUUUUUCCCUUCAAAUCAUGUAUCAGGCUUUUAUUAUAUAUUGUUAUGAGCUUUUGUCAA